AUGGCUUUUCUCAUCAAGAGUAUGGUGGGGAACCCUCUGAAGGGCAUGGGUCUUGGGGGAGGAGAGGAGAAGGCCGAAGCGGAGACCCCCAAAGACCCCGCAGCAGCCGCAGGAAUGACUAGAGAAGAAUAUGAGGAGUACCAGAAACAGCUGGUGGAGGAGAAGAUGGAGAGAGAUGCAGACUUCCUGCACAAGAAAGCGGAGCGGGCGACCCUCAGAGUGUGUCUCAGAGAGAAAUACAGACUGCCAAAGAGUGAGCAGGAUGAGAAUAUGAUUCAGAUGGCUGGGGAUGAUGUGGAUGUGCCUGAGGAGCUGCUGAAAAUGGUGGACGAAGACGCCACGGAAGAGGAGGAAAAAGACUCCAUUAUGGGUCAGAUUCAGAACCUGCAGAACAUGGACAUGGACCAGAUCAAAGAGAAGGCCUCUGCCACGCUUACUGAGAUGAAGAGCAAGGCGGAGGAGAAAUGCUCCGUCAUGUAA